UGCCAGCGCGCGGGCUCGCGGGCCCGGCCCGCUCCCACCCGGCGGCGGGCGCGGGGGCUUGGCCGCGGUUCAGCCCGCCCGCCGGAGCCGCCGCCGCCGCCGCCACUCCCCGCCCCCCGGGUCCCUGGAGGCUCCGCGGCUGCCGAGCGGGAGGUGGAGCCGAGCCCGCGGCCGCCGCGCAGGAGGGAAAGUUCGGCGGCGGCGGGCGCAGCGGGAACCGGGCCGGGCAGCCCGGAGGGCGCCUCGGGGUGAAUGUAUCGUCCAUGCUGAUAGCCGAGGAGACGAUGCUCUACAAGGUUAAGGAUCUUGCACAGUGGCGGCGCUGAACGCGGUCCUUGCAGAGGGGGGCAGCACUUCCACUCCAGACCCCAGCCUGGGACCCGAGCGCGACUCCAGCGCGGUCACAGACCCGCGGCAGAUGUGCGAGUCGGGAGCACAGUCUGGCGGCUGUGCGCGGCUCUUUCUGGCAAGGCUGUUUUUGCAUUUCAAGGAGAGACAGCUAAGUGAUUUUUACCCAGGGGAGGAAUAAUGUAGAUCCUAACCUUUUCUUAAACUUCCAGGUCCCCGCUUCUCAGAGGUGCGUCAGGAAGAUUACGAUGGGAAUGAACUUGGAGGAUCCCGUUAAUGCAUCGCUGCUGCCUGGAAGAACUGCCGUUAGAAGUAGGAGAGCUGGCUCCUGUGGCUGUUGACUCCAAGAAGCAGGUCACAUUCUCAAAGGAAAUGGAUGAAAGCGGAGCAGGGAGUCCCAGCCGCGUGCUUGCUGGGGUGUAGUCCGGGAAACCCUGCCAAGGGGCCCCCGACGCUCUGGGAUGCCGCGCAUGCUGGACGCAUGGCCUUCCCCUGAGUGACGAUGGUCCGCCGCGGGCUGCUGGGGUGGAUUUCUCGGGUGGUGGUUCUGCUUGUGCUGCUCUGCUGCGCCAUCUCCGUCCUCUACAUGUUGGCCUGCACCCCCAAAGGCGACGAGGAGCAGCUGGGGCUGCCCAGGGCCAACGGACCCACCGGGAAAGAGGGCUACCAGGCGGUGCUUCAGGAGCGCGAGGAGCAGCACCGCAACUACGUGAGCAGCCUCAAGCGACAGAUCGCGCAGCUCAAGGACGAGCUGCAGGGGCGCAGCGAGCAGCUCCGGAGCGGGCAGGACCAGGCCAGCGACCCUGCAGGCCUGCGCCCCGGUCCUGGACCCGGACCUGCUCCCGCGCAUAAAGCCCAGGCUGACCUGCUGGCUUUCCUGCGCGCUCAGGUGGACAAGGCCGAGGUGCACAGCGGCGUCAAGCUGGCCACCGAGUACGCAGCGGUGCCUUUCGACAGCUUCACCCUCCAAAAAGUAUACCAGCUGGAGACUGGCCUGACCCGCCACCCCGAGGAGAAGCCGGUGAGGAAAGACAAGCGCGACGAAUUGGUGGAAGCCAUUGAGUCGGCCUUGGAGAGCCUGAACAGCCCUGGGGAGAGCAGCCCAAAUCAGCGUCCCUACACAGCCUCGGAUUUCAUAGAAGGGAUCUACCGGACAGAAAAAGACAAAGGCACUCUGUACGAGCUCACCUUCCGAGGGGACAGCAAACAUGAGUUCCGACGCCUGGUCUUGUUCCGGCCCUUUGGUCCCAUCAUCAAAGUGAAAAAAGAGAAACUCAACAUGGCCAACACGCUUAUCAACGUUAUCGUGCCGCUAGCCAGAAGGGUGGACAAGUUCCGGCAGUUCAUGCAGAACUUCAGAGAGAUGUGCAUCCAGCAGGAUGGGAGAAUUCAUCUCACUGUUGUUUAUUUUGGGAAAGAAGAAAUGAAUGAAGUCAAAGGAAUACUUGAAAACACUUCCAAAGCUGCCAACUUCAGGAACUUCACCUUCAUCCAGCUGAAUGGAGAGUUUUCCCGGGGAAAGGGACUGGAUGUGGGAGCCCGCUUCUGGAAGGGAAGCAACGUCCUUCUGUUUUUCUGUGACGUGGACAUCUACUUCACCUCUGAAUUCCUCAAUACCUGCAGGCUGAAUACACAGCCAGGGAAGAAGGUGUUUUAUCCAGUCCUUUUCAGCCAGUACAAUCCUGGCAUAAUCUACGGCCAUCACGAUGCGAUCCCUCCCCUGGAACAGCAGCUGGUCAUAAAGAAGGAAACUGGAUUUUGGAGAGACUUCGGAUUUGGGAUGACUUGUCAGUAUCGGUCAGACUUCAUCAACAUAGGUGGGUUUGACUUGGACAUCAAAGGCUGGGGCGGAGAGGACGUGCACCUGUACCGGAAGUAUCUCCACAGCAACCUCAUAGUGGUGCGGACACCCGUGCGAGGACUCUUUCACCUCUGGCAUGAGAAGCGCUGUGUGGACGAGCUGACGCCCGAGCAGUACAAGAUGUGCAUGCAGUCCAAGGCCAUGAAUGAGGCAUCCCACGGGCAGCUGGGGAUGCUGGUCUUCCGGCACGAGAUAGAGGCCCACCUUCGCAAGCAGAAACAGAGGACAAGCAGCAAAAAGACAUGAACUCCAGGGAUGGAUUGUGGGAGACAUUUUCUUUUCUCCUUCUGCAAUUCCCCAAAGAGUGUCUGCAACAAGGAAGAGACUUCCAUAAAGGGUGAAAAAAAAAAAAAAAAAAAAAGAA